CUUCCCAUAGGUUGGUAUUUGGAGGAUUCUGAGCUUUAACAUCGCCAAGUUAGACUAACGGUAAGAGAGCGAGCAGGCACGGGGCGACGGCCACGGAGACUGUGCAGGGCCUGAUGGCGGAUCUGAAGCACCUGGCUCGGAUUUCCAGAUCUACAGAAAUGGGUGUGGUCUGUACACAGGGCUGUGUGACCUUUGAGGACGUGGCUGUUUACUUCUCCCAGGAAGAGUGGGAGCUCCUGGAUGAAGCUCAGAGGCUACUGUAUCUUGAUGUGAUGCUGGAGAAUUUGAUCCUUAUAACCUCACUGGUUUAUUGGCUUGAAGCGGAGGCUGAAGAAAAAACCUGUGCACAGACUGAAGCACCACAGAUCAGUACUCCACAGGAAGACCUACCCGCACAGAAGCCUCAUCCCUCUGACAUCUGUAUCACCGUGCUGAAAGCUAUCCUACGUCUGAAUGACCUCUCUGGGCAGAAAGCGCAUCUGACUGAGGUGUGUGCAACCCUCCUGGACCAGAAGCACCCCAGAGCCAAGAACUGGUUAGAGAGACAUGUGGACUCCCUUGGGAAGAUCUAUACAAUCAACGUAGCAGGGAAUCCUUCCAUCUGUAAUAAGACUGUGGAGAAAUUCCCGUCAGCAUGGAAUCUUCUCCAACCCAAGGCCAUUCCCAACGGUGAGAAACAAAAUAAGAUGAAGUGUGGAAAGGCUUUUCACAGCAAUAAAAAUAAUUCGAAGUCAGAUAAACAUAAGAUGUCUUCCGGCCCCCAACCCGGGCUUCAUGAAUGCCCAAGAGUUUGCCAUGAAAGAGGGGUAUUUGAAUCUGACAGUUGUGAACAAGACAUAAGCAAGGACUCUGUUGCUCCGCCCCAGGUGGACCACCCUGAAACCCGAUCAUACAAGUGUCACGACUGUGGAAAGUGGUUUGGUCAGAAAGCCACACUUAGAAUACACCAGAGACGCCAUACCGGAGAAAAACCGUACAAGUGUGGUGAGUGUGGAAAGUCUUUUUGUCAAAGCUCUAACCUAAGCGAACACUGCAGAGUUCACAGUGGAGAAAAACCGUUUGAGUGCCUGGACUGUGGUAAAGCCUUCGGGUGCCAUUCUAAUCUUCUGCGGCACCAGAGGACGCACACGGGAGAAUGGCCACAUGAAUGUGGUCACUGUGGGAGGCUGUUUAGGCAGAUUGUCAACCUGAUCACACACCAGAGGACUCACACUGCAGAGAAGCCGUAUGGAUGUGCACAGUGUGGGAAGUCUUUUAGUCACAAAGCCACUCUUACUGUACACCAGAGAGUUCACACUGGAGAGAAGCCCUAUCACUGCGAGGCUUGUGGGAAAUCCUUCAGCCAAAGUGCCAACCUUAUUAAGCACUCCAAAAUUCACACUGGAGAGAAGCCGUAUGAGUGUGGGGAAUGCGGUCUGCGCUUUCGCCAGAGAGCAACUCUCAUGAAACACCAGAGAACGCACAGUUCAGAGGGGCCUUACGAAUGUCGAGAGUGUGGUAAGUUCUUCAAACAAUACUUCUACCUCAUUGAACACCGUAGGAUUCACACCACAACAGAGUUUUACGAGUGUGAACAGUGCGGGAAAUCUUACACUCAAAACGCCACCCUUCGCCGACACCAGCGAGUGCACGCGGGAGAGAGUCCUUACAAGUGUGAGGAGUGCGGAAAAGCCUUUGAGUACAGAUCCAGACUCAAUCGGCAUCAGCGAACUCACACUGGUGAAAGGCCUUAUGAGUGUGCCAAAUGUGGGAAAUUCUUCAGGGAAAGCUACAACCUUGCUGAACACCAGAAAAUCCACACUAAAGCCAAGCCUUACCGUUGUGAGCAGUGUGGGAAGUCCUGCAGCCGGAGAGCCGACUUGGUUAAACACCAGCGCGUUCACACCGGCGAAAGGCCUUACACGUGCAGGGAGUGUGGGAAGACCUUCAGCCGCACCACCAACCUGGUUCAGCACAGGAGAGUUCACACCGGGGAACGGCCCUACAAGUGUGACCGGUGCGCCAAGUCCUUCAGCCAGGUGUCCACCCUCAUUCGCCACCAGCAACUUCACACUGGAGAAAAACCGCAUAGAUGCAGCAAAUGAAGGACAGCCUGUACAACGCCCUAGGGAAAGAAGCGGUUCUUCCGCCACAGCUCUCCCCCAACCCUGGAAAGCACCCUGCAAGGAUGUCGCACUGCUGUUCACCAUAAGAACCUAGACAGCCUCAGAGUUCUAGGCCAUGUGACUUGAGCUAGGCUGCGCGUUCCAGACAGUCUGUUUCCUUGUCAGAACUAAAUACCUGCCGUAAUGUCUCAGAAACUGUCACUCUCUGCCGCCCUGCACUGAGUGCAUGUCCCUCCCACCUGCCCACACCCCCCCUUCCCUAAGGAAGCCUCACCUUCCCUCCCGUGCCUUACAAAUGACCUUGAUCCCUGUUUCCCGAUGAAUGCUGAAUGCGUCUGGCUCUGCGUUUUGCCCAGAAGAACCUGGGCUGGGAUUGAUUGGCUGGAGGCUCCAACAAGGGACAUCUUCUCAAGUCCCACAUGGCUCAUGUGGCUGGUUACAUGCUCCAAAUCACCAGCCAGGAACUUCCUGCCGUGUGAAUGUGCAAGAAUAAAAGGCCUCGUGGGCUUUCUUC